GUUUGUAGCGCUGUAGUACGCGAUCUUGUUCAUAAAAUUUGCAAAGUUUUGUCAUAUUUACCGUAUUUAAUCAUGGAGAAGAUUGAUAUGGGAUUAGACGAUAUUAUUAAAAUGAAACAAAAGAGGCAAGCAAAGCCAAAGGGUCAAAGAUUCAGAAGUGGAUCCGUGACUGGAAGUGGAACUGGAGCGUAUGGCAUGCAAUCUACCCGGCUACGCCAGCAAAACGUAAAUAACAAGUUCAACUUCAGGUCACAAUAUAAUCGAGUGGCAAAGAACCAACCUACAGUAGCCAUGUAUAAAAAUCAGUCAAAGUACACAAGUAAUAAGAGUUAUGCUUUGCAAGGAACUAGACCACAGCUCAUGAACACUAGAAAGAUGACACAAGGCACAAGGUACGGCGGUUUUAAGUAAUUGA